ACUGUUGGAUUGCAGAUAAGGUGAUCUCUACAAAAUCUAUGUACUUGGAUAUUUUACUUUCUAUUCCACAAUAAAUGAAAUCAUAAAACCAGCAAUAAUUUUAUGAUUACAAAUAAGAGAACUAAUUCUUAUUUAGUUUAUUUUCCACAUGUGUUUCUUACCUUAUUUAGUUGUCUCAAACCAAACAUUCAAUUGUUCUGCAUGUCCUGUUAUACAAGGUAAAAAAACAACCUUAAUCCAUGAUGCUACGAAAGGUAUUAGUGACCCUUUUACAUGUCCUUCAACAAGAGUAAAAAGUAUAAAAAGGUAUACUUUAAGAAUGAGUUAAAGGUCUAUGAAAGGAAGAAUCUAUUCUCACCUGAAGAAAAAACCCUUUAGUUAAAUUGCAACCAUCUUUUGUUUAAGGCUAAGAAUCAUAUUCAAAACAUGUUAUAAUAAUCUAUCAUAUUUUGAAGAAAAGUUAAGAAUCUUUAGUUAGAUUAUGACAAGAGGAAAAGUUUUCUUACGUUUUCUUGAACUUUAUUGAAUUACAUAAUACAAGAGAGCACCUUCAUACUUUCUACCAAGUGGAAUAUCUUUUUCAUUCUUAAUAUGCUUAGAGUUCAACAACAAAUGGUCUUCUCUUCCUCAUUUUCAUUCUUUCUUUGGCUUCUCAUUUUAUCAGCAACAUUUUCUCUAGUUUUAGGGAACAAAGCAUUUAUAGGAACAUAUGGAGUAAACUAUGGAAGAGUAGCUGAUAAUCUACCUCCCCCAGAAAGUGUGGUUACACUUCUCAAAGCAGCAAAAAUAAGAAAUGUAAGAGUCUAUGAUGUUAAUCCUCAAGUCCUAAGUGCUUUCAAAGGAUCUGGAAUAUGUCUAAGUGUUUGUCUUCCUAACGAACUCUUAACCGACAUCGGCGUCGCUGAAGACCGCGCCAUGAGUUGGAUCAAAGACAAUGUCCAACCCCAUCUUCCAGGCACAAAAAUUUGUGGCAUUGCUAUAGGAAAUGAAAUCCUAGGAGGAGGAAGUGUUGAGCUUUGGGAAGCUUUACUUCCAGCAGCAAAAAACAUUUAUAGUGCACUUGAUAGACUUGGUUUAGCACAUCAAAUCGAAGUUUCGAGUCCGCAUUCAGAAGCCGUGUUUGCAAAUUCAUAUCCUCCAUCUUCAUGCACAUUUCGAGAUGAUAUAAUCCCUUACAUGAAACCACUUUUACAAUUCUUUUCACAAAUUGGAACACCUUUUUAUAUAAAUGCAUACCCUUUUUUGGCAUAUAAAAAUGACCCUUCACAUAUUGAUAUAAACUAUGCCUUGAUGAAGAAGAAUCAUGGAAUUUAUGAUAAUAAGAGUAAGCUACAUUAUGAUAACAUGCUUGAUGCACAAAUUGAUGCUUCUUAUUUUGCAUUGGAGAAAUUUGGGUUUGAUAAAAUGGAAGUUAUUGUGAGUGAAACUGGUUGGGCUUCAAAGGGUGAUGAUAAUGAAGCUGGAGCAAAUGUGAAAAAUGCAAGGACUUAUAAUAAAAACUUGAGAAAGAAGUUAAUGAAGAGAAAAGGAACACCUCAUAGGCCUAAAAUGUUGGCUAGGGCUUAUGUAUUUGCUUUGUUUAAUGAGAAUUUGAAACCUGGACCAACUUCAGAAAGAAAUUUUGGAUUGUUUAAACAUGAUGGAAGUAUUGCUUAUGAUAUUGGAUUCACUGGACUUGUUCCUUCAUCAGCAACAUCAUCUUUCCUCUCCUUUAAGGGUAUUGGCGCUUCGUAUGUGAUGGUUUCUUCAAGUUGUAUGGCAAUUCUUCUUCUUCUAGCAUUGUAAUAAGUCAAAAGGUUAAAGAUACAAGAGAAUUGAGUUAGUGAUUCUUUGAACCAUGUAACAAUUUUUUAAACACGUUGAAUGUAUGGAAAUUCCAAGACAAAUUGUUAGAUAUUUCAUUGUAUAGAUAUUGUAUCAUUGUAUAUUUUUAUUUAUUACU